AUGUCUGUCUCAUCAGGAACGACUCUCAUCUCACCAUCUGCAACGUCAACUGUGCAUCGUCAUCCGCCUGCACCUCAACGUAAGGGGUCCGGUCUUCACGGUCAUCAUACAUCUCAUGGGCAUCAUGCCAAACGCAAGCCGUCCACUGGAGCGCACACGAGCGGAAGGAGAGGGAGUGAGACGGAAUCAGGGAAGCGAGCUCUGGCGGCAGGUCUAGCCAUGCAUGCAUUGGAAGCUGCUGGAGCAGAAGUCGGGAAAGGCAAGCGAAGAGUGUCGAGUGAUAGACCCCUCAACAAAUCCUCUCGAUCCGACACACACCUCCCUCGUUUGUCUCGGACAACCUCUCUGACAUCCAAUCCAUCUGAUCAAGCUCUCGCUGUACGACCCAAGAUCAAAGACCGCAAGCGGAGUGGAGAAUCUGUAGAGGUAGUGGACGAGGAUGGUGAAGCAGUCUCACGGCCCGUCGAAUCAUCUGAAGAAGAAUGGGAAGAGAGUGGGGAUGAAAAGCAAGCUCAGCCUCCAGUCCGACCCUCGGCCUCAUCGACCAAGCUUAAAGGCAAAGCGAAGAUUGUCGCUGCUGAGGCCAGUACGCCAAUGAGAAGGACGCAAAGUGAUACGCAGGCUCAACCUCCCUCUCGCUCUCGAUCUAUAAUCACGUCUCCGUUGGCUCUUCAGGCGAUCGGUAGCGGUGAUCUCGUUGGGUCAGGAGGAUCCAAUGGAUCAGCAUCCUCAGGUCCGUUACAUCCUCGGCAGCGAACACUCGGGUUUGCAGGACCCCAAGCGGUCGGGGAUCCUCAGACGAAUGCUCAGAAACAUAUCAACGAGAUGAUGCCCCAUUGGAACGAUUCAACCCAUGUCAUGCCCGCUCAUCAACUUCGACAUCAGAAAAGUUUCUCAGCGCUAAGUCAAGGUGGAGGUGAAAGAACGCGAUCAGUCUCCAACGGGACUCAUCACGCGCCUGUCAUGAAUCGACGAGUGACAGAAAGCAGCAUGGAUCAGACCGAGGAAGAAGAGGAAGAUGAUGAGGAUGGUCAGAUUCUCAUCAACAAGUCUCAUGGAUCCAGUCCGAAAGCUCCCACCAUUGGCAAGCGGGAUGAGCCAGUUCCGACAUCACAACCCAUGACGGAUGAUACGCCUCGAACCAGCCGAAUGAGAAAGUCUGCACCUGCUGAUGCUAUUGGGAGUGGACGACCGCAUCAACGUCAUGUUUCUGCGGCCAAUUCAACUCAUCGUUUACGCCAUCGCCCAUCCAAUUCAUCCCUCAGAUCACUGCAAUCACUCCGUGCUCCACCCCACCCUCUCAACUCUCCCACUGGGUACCGCUCCGGUCUCCCGCCAUCACGAUCGGGGACGGCGUCCAAUUCUCCCGUCAAAGAGCGUGGGCCGUCGAUGCAUCACCCGCCAAUCGCUCCACCUGUGGUAUAUCGAGAGGUCGCAACGGGACAUGGAUGGGAUAUCCCAGAAGAUGGAGAGCUCGGAACUCCCGUGAAACGUAGCGCGACGUUACCAAAUGGAUCCAGUGGAUCGUCAACACCGGCCAAGUCUAGACCGAUGGAGAGGAGGCAGGCAUCCAUCUCCUCCACAAAGAGUCUCCAAAGUCAUCUUCGGCCUCAGCCCUCGCCAUCCUCUUCUACCACCUCGCACCCGCGUUCUAGAACGACCUCGUCAGCGACACUGACGACUCCGCGACGACGUCAGACAGCUUUGGAAGUGACGACUAAAGCGUCCAAGCUUCAGAGCACCAAUGACCCAGUACUCUACCAUCACUCCUUGGGUCACUCAUCGACCUCUGCCGAGACGGCCCAUUUGAUUUCUCGUUUCUUACCUCAGAAAAAGGCGACGAGACCACAGUGGGAGAUCAGUAUCGAUAAUCUCGACGAGCACUCGGGUAUCGGUCUAUCAAGAGGAGACUACCGAGACGCUCAUGAGAGCUUGAUCCGGUCGAUGAGAGAGCUGGGCGUCAGCACGACGAGUACGAAACAAGCUGCGAGGCGUCUGAGCUAUCAAUCGCUGCUUGGGACUACGAGAGACGUGACAAGCUCGCGAUCUGGUUUAGGGAUAGCUGGCGGUGCCGAUGGAGAAAUGGCUCAGGACGGGAUGGGUGUUGGAGUGGGCAUGGUCAGUGGGAAGAAUGGCCCGAUGAUCGUGGCUAAGGGUGGGGGAUGGAGAGGGAAGACGCCUUUUGAGCUGAGUGUGGAGCGAUGCCUGGCUCAGAGGCCCGUCAGGACCUUUGGGCCUCAGUAG